UCUGUGCAUGUGUGAGAGAGGAAGGGAGGAGGGCUCCUGAAAGACAGCGUGGCUGCAUUGCCGGGGAGCAAGACAACUUGUCCAGUCGACCAGUAGUUCAACUGCUCAUAACAUCCUCAGCUUGAGCUCUACUGACUGGACAUUUUGGACAUAUAUUCUGGAACUGUACGCCGUACAACCCGCAACACGAAAGGAUUUAUACUCGGUGUGUAGUACCGGUUUGCUGGCAAAGAGGCUGACAGGCGACAGAUAACAUCCUGCUUUGGGGACUGUUGGAUGGAUGGAAGGCUAGCCAGGGUCAGACCAGCAUCUUCAGUACGUUGACACUAACUCAACAGGCGUGAAGAUGGAUCGAAACAAGAAGGGUGGAACUUUCCCAUCAUCAAAAUAGGAGGGCGUGUCUCUUAGGUUGUGCUCUGCAGCUUAACUCUGUGACCGAGCUGGGAGACAGAGGACCAUGCCUCCUAGGCCGUCCUCAGGGGAGCUAUGGGGCAUCCACUUGAUGCCUCCCAGGAUCCUGGUUGACUGCUUGCUGCCCAAUGGGAUGAUUCUGACCCUGGAGUGUCUCCGUGAGGCCACGCUUAUCACCAUCAAACAUGAGCUGUUCAAGGAGGCCAGGAAAUAUCCCCUCCAUCACCUCCUACAGGAGGAGACGUCCUACAUCUUUGUCAGUGUUACACAGGAAGCAGAGCGGGAGGAGUUCUAUGACGAGACCCGUAGGCUGUGUGACCUCCGGCUCUUCCAGCCCUUCCUUAAGGUCAUUGAACCAGUUGGCAACAGAGAGGAAAAGAUCCUGAACAGAGAGAUUGGGUUUGCCAUUGGUAUGCCUGUGUGUGAGUUUGAUCUUGUGAAGGACCCUGAGGUUCAGGACUUCAGGAGAAACAUCCUAAAUGUUUGCAAAGACUCUGUAGAGCUAAGAGACGCCAGCGGGCCCCACAGUAGAGCUCUGUAUGUUUACCCACCGAAUGUAGAAUCCACACAGGAACUUCCCAAACACAUCUAUAGCAAACUGGACAAAGGUCAGAUUAUUGUCGUGAUUUGGGUGAUUGUUUCUCCAAACAACGACAAACAAAAGUACACAUUAAAAAUCAACCACGACUGUGUGCCUGAACAGGUGAUUGCAGAGGCCAUUCGUAAGAAGACACGCAGCAUGCUGCUUUCCCCAGAGCAGCUAAAGAUGUGUGUUCAGGAAUAUCAGGGUAAAUACAUCCUCAAAGUAUGUGGCUGUGAUGAGUACCUGCUGGAAAAGUACCCCAUCAGCCAGUACAAGUAUAUCCGUAGUUGCAUCAUGCUGGGCAGGCUGCCUAACCUGAUGUUAAUGGCUAAGGACAGCCUAUAUACUCAGUUGCCUACAGAUAACUUUGUCAUGCCAUCAUACUCUCGACGUAUCUCUACGGCAACAUCCUAUAUGAAUGGUGAGGCAGCUGCCAAGUCACUGUGGACCAUCAAUGGAACCCUGCGAAUAAGAAUCCUGUGUGCCACCUAUGUUAACGUCAAUAUACGGGACAUAGACAAGAUAUAUGUGAGAACAGGCAUUUACCAUGGAGGUGAACAGAUGUGUGACAAUGUCAACACACAGAGAGUACCCUGCUCUAACCCCAGGUGGAAUGAGUGGCUCACCUAUGAUAUGUACAUCCCAGACAUACCCCGUGCCGCCAGACUCUGCCUCUCCAUCUGCUCUGUCAAGGGCAGGAAGGGAGCCAAGGAGGAGCACUGUCCACUGGCUUGGGGUAAUAUCAACUUGUUUGACUACACACACACUCUGGUUGCCAACAAGAUGGCUCUGAACCUCUGGCCUGUCCCUCACGGCCUUGAAGACCUCCUCAACCCCAUAGGAGUUACUGGAUCCAACCCAAAUAAGGAAACCCCAUGUCUGGAGCUGGAGUUUGACCACUUUAGCAGUUCUGUCAAAUACCCUGAUAUGAAUGCAAUAGAGGAGCAUGCAAACUGGACCAUCUCGAGAGAAUUGGGGUUUAACUACAACCUCUCUGGACAGAGCAACCGGUCAGCCAGAGAUCACGCCCUGACAGAGAGCGACACUGAGCAGAUGAGACAGCUGAGUAACAGAGACCCUCUUUCAGAAAUCACUGAGCAGGAGAAAGACUUCCUCUGGAGGCACAGGCACUACUGCAUGAACAUCCCUGAAAUCCUUCCCAAGAUCCUUCUCGCUGUCAAAUGGAACUCCAGAGAUGAAGUAGCACAGAUGUAUUGUCUGUUAAAGGAUUGGCCUUCAACGCGUCCUGAGCAGGCCAUGGAGCUUUUGGAUUGUAACUAUCCAGAUCCCAUGGUCAGACACUUUGCUGUACGCUGCCUUGACAAAUACCUUACUGAUGACAAACUGUCCCAAUACCUUAUCCAGCUCGUACAGGUAUUAAAAUAUGAGCAGUAUCUUGACAAUCCCCUGGCCCGUUUCCUCCUCAAAAAGGCCCUGACCAAUCAAAGGAUAGGUCAUUUCUUCUUCUGGCAUCUCAAGUCAGAAAUGCACAAUAAAACAGUGAGCCAGAGGUUUGGGCUUCUGUUAGAGGCUUACUGCCGGGCAUGUGGCAUGUACCUUAAACACCUGAGCAGGCAGGUAGAGGCCAUGGAGAAGCUGAUUAACCUCACUGACAUCCUAAAACAGGAGAAGAAGGAUGAGACACAGAAGGUCCAGAUGCGGUUUCUUGUGGACCAGAUGAAGAGACCAGACUAUAUGGAUGCUCUGCAGAAUUACACCUCUCCUCUCAACCCUGCACAUCAGUUGGGAAACCUUAGGUUAGAUGAAUGCAGGAUCAUGUCAUCAGCAAAGAGGCCGCUUUGGCUCAACUGGGAGAAUCCUGACAUCAUGUCGGAGCUGCUCUUUCAGAACAAUGAGAUCAUCUUUAAAAAUGGAGAUGACUUGCGGCAGGAUAUGCUGACGUUGCAAAUUAUUAAAAUCAUGGAGAAUAUUUGGCAGAAUCAGGGACUGGACCUACGGAUGCUUCCUUACGGCUGUUUGUCUUUGGGAGAUUGUGUGGGUCUCAUUGAGGUGGUUCGCAGCUCCCAUACCAUCAUGCAGAUUCAGUGCAAAGGAGGCUUGAAAGGAGCCCUGCAGUUCAACUCAAACACUCUGCAUCAGUGGCUCAGGGACAAGAACAAGGGCGAGAUGUAUGACAUGGCUGUGGAUCUGUUUACAAGGUCCUGUGCUGGCUACUGUGUAGCUACAUUUAUCCUUGGGAUAGGAGACAGACACAACAGCAACAUUAUGGUCAAAGAUGAUGGACAGUUGUUUCAUAUAGAUUUUGGCCAUUUCUUGGAUCAUAAGAAGAAAAAAUUUGGCUACAAGAGAGAACGAGUGCCCUUUGUACUGACACAAGACUUCCUCAUCGUGAUCAGCAAGGGAUCCCAGGAGUGUGCAAAGACCAAAGAGUUUGAAAGGUUCCAGGAGAUGUGUUAUAAAGCCUACCUGGCCAUCCGGCAGCAUGCUAACCUCUUCAUCAACCUCUUCUCCAUGAUGCUGGGCUCGGGCAUGCCUGAGUUGCAGUCAUUUGAUGACAUUGCCUACAUUAGGAAGACGCUGGCCCUGGAGAAAAGCGAACAGGAGGCGUUGGACUACUUUAUGAAACAGAUGAAUGAUGCUCACCAUGGAGGAUGGACCACCAAGAUGGACUGGAUAUUCCACACCAUUAGACAGCAUGCACUAAACUGAUCUCCUGCACACAAACAAAAAAACACCAGUCCCAUCAUGGAUUUACAGCCGACUGAUGAUGGAAGUAUGCAGCUUAAUUUUAAUUUUAUUUUUUUAAACACCAGUGCCAUUUUGAUUUAUCUGAACAGGGUUCCUGUUUUUUUUGCAUUUUCUUGCCAUAAUCACCUGCUCUUUUCCGUAGUCUUGAUUUCCUAACUCCACCCUCUACUUGUUCUGUUAUCUACAAGAGAACGUUGUCCUUGCGUCCUAGUGAAGAUGUACCCUACCUGGUUGAUGCUCGUCUCCUUGGCUAUUAUGCCUCAUCUGUGAAUUUCCCCAAUGGGAACAAACUGGGUAAUGAAAGAUAAUUGUACGUCUUACUUUGCUGCACUUGUUGGAAAAACACAUUGGACAACUUGAAGAAGAUGUACCUGCCAAUCUUUAAAAGUAGCCACAAAGUAAGUUCAGCUUGCUGCUCUACUGCUGACUUUCUUCUGAACUGUGACUCCAACCCAGGAAGGAGGUGCUUUGGAACCUUUAAAAAAAA